AUGCCUCGCCUUCCUCCCUCCGUGGCAAGAGGCAGUGGAGGCUGCAACGCCGUGGUGCAGGCGGAGGAUACCAAGAUGAAGCCAGAAGAGCGGCUUCUGCGCGACCUCUACGAACCUGAGUUGCGUGGAAAUGCCCUCGCUGAGCUCUCCAAGGUCCCUCUUUUGCCUUUCCUCGUCUGCUGGUUAUACAUCCCUGUGUUGGAAGAUCUGGCCUCCUCGAUCUCUAGUGAGCUGAUUGAUUCAGUAAUGGUGCUGAAAAGGGAGAUGUUUAAGAAUUUGGCUCCACUGAUGUGGCACUCUUUUGGAUCAAUUAUUAUCCUUCUCCGGGAAAUUUUGUCAGUCUACCCUGCACUUUCACCCCCAACACUAACGGCAUGUGCAUCGAGCCGAGUAUGCAACGCAAUUGCACUUCUUCAGUCUGUUGCAUCACACCCUGAGACUAGGACCUCCUUUCUAAAAGCUUACAUUCCCAUAUACCUAUACCCACUCUUGAACACUGUCAGCAAUGCUAGAUCUUUCGAGUCCCUGCGACUCACCAGUCUAGGUGUGAUUGGUGCUCUUGUUAAGGCAGAUGAUACUGAAGCCAUCGGUUUCCUGCUGCAAAGUGAAAUCAUUCCUCUGUGCUUGCGAAUCAUGGAAACAGGCAAAGAGCUUUCAAAAACAGUGGCCACUUACAUUGUCGAAAGGAUUGUGCUGGAUGAAGCUGGGUUACAGUACAUCUGUUUCACCGUGGAACGUUUCUUUGCGCUAGCCUCAGUUUUACAAAGCAUGGUGAUUUCACUAGCUGAACAACCCUCCGCCAGGUUGCUGAAGCACAUCAUCUGUUGCUACCACAGGCUGACUGAUCAUCCCCGGGCCCUUAGGGCACUGCGAAUUAGCUUUCCUGAGGCUCUCAAGAAUGGGACAUUCGACCACUGCCUCGAGGAUGAUCCCGUUGCAAGAAACUUCCUCCAACAACUGCUGGAUACUCUGGCUGCUCCUUGGGACGAAGCACCUGAUUCAGGACCAGGUUCCGCAGUGGGUGGAACACCUCAUGUUGGCCCAGGCUCCUCUCAGGCCGGACCAAGUCGCGUACGCCGUUGA